AUGCUCAAUAGAGUCAAACUGGAAGUGAAAGACCAAAUGGAUUGGAAUUCUAUGUACUCAGAGAAUGAGGUAUACUCUGGAUUACACAACAUGAAUAAUGGCCUUCAAACCACCUUAUUUAUGUCUAGUGAUAUGUCGACAGUAACACCAACCAUGACCUACACGAACAUUACCAUGGCAGGUCCUUUCAACAGCACCCAAAAUAACCUUGGUACUUUCAGCUCUUUGGCACAUAAUAUGGGAGGUCCAAUGACAUCUCCAGCAUCAUCAUCUGCUUAUCCACUCAGCUAUUGCCAAGCAGAGACGGAAUUCCAGAGAGAUCCUCGAACCUACAGAAGGAAUUACUCUCAUGCCAAACCUCCCUAUUCAUAUAUCUCACUUAUCACAAUGGCAAUUCAGCAAUCACCAAAUAAGAUGAUGACACUGAAUGAGAUUUAUCAAUGGAUUAUUGACCUUUUCCCCUAUUACAGACAGAACCAGCAACGCUGGCAGAACUCUAUCCGGCAUUCAUUGUCAUUCAAUGACUGCUUUGUGAAGGUUCCACGUUCUCCGGAAAAACCAGGGAAAGGUUCUUAUUGGGCUCUACACCCAGAUUCUGGAAGUAUGUUUGAAAAUGGAUGCUAUCUGAGAAGGCAGAAGAGAUUCAAGUGUGAGAGGUCCAGAUCUUCAGACCCAGAAAAAAAGAUUGGUAAGAUUGCAGAAGUGGUUGUGAGUUUAAAUGAGCCUCCUACUACUUAUGAAGAGAGUUCUUCAUCCCGGUCUCCAACAGCUAUGACUAAGAGAGACUCAUUUUUGGCAAACAUUCCACAACCAAACAGAGCUUCUCCGACAUGCAUUAGCCCUGGUUUAGAGCAAGUAGGGUCACAUUUACAGGUUUCAUAUCCCUUAAGUUUGUCUAAUGACUCUUACCUGGGAAUGGUAGAAGAUCCUCAGUUGAAGCAUGACUUUUUUCCUGGUAGACAUCCAUUUUCUAUCACUCAACUGAUGUCUUCUGAACAGGCUCAAUCAUGCUCCACUAAAAUUGAUAUGUGUUCAACUACUAGUCAUUAUGUUCACUAUCCCAACUAUACUGCUGACUAUCACAAUAUGACCACGAAAAGUGGAAUGGACUUGCCUGCACCCACCAAUGACAAUUAUUAUGCAAACAUGUACUCAAGGCCCAUACUCAGCUCUCUGUGA